AUUCCUGUGAUCAUCCUGGUUGUAAUUCGGUUUUCCGUCCGAACCAUAAGACAUAUAGUUCCAAAACAGACAGACAGGGGAUAUGCCGCUAGCAUUACCAAGGUUUACAAGGAAAAUACUAUGCCGGAAUUCGCUGUCGACGAGUUUUGGAACUCUAUGUCUUAUGGUUCGGACGGAAAAUCGGAUUACAACCAGGAUAAUCAAAGGAAUGAGUUAUCCCAGUGGGUUCAGAAUGGUGGCGGCGCUGUUACAGCGUUUGAUUUCACGACCAAAGGAAUUCUUCAGGCUGCUGUGCUAGGUGAGCUCUGGAGAUUGAAGGAUUCCAACGGAAAGCCUCCGAGAUUGAUCGGAAUAUCACCGAAAAAUGCCGUCACUUUUAUAGAUAACUAUGACACCAGUUCAACACAAAGCCUCUGGUCUUUUCCCAAGGAUAAAGUUAUUCAGGGUUAUGCUUACAUCCUCACUCACCCCGGAGUGCCAUCUAUGACUUGA